AUGCUAAUAAUUUUUUUUUCAGCAAAAGGUAACACACUCCUUUUAAUCACCAAUGGCAGUGGAUACCAAGUAAUUGAGGCAUUUUAUGAGAAUGUUCCAAUUUUAACUUUGCCCUACAUCGUGGAUCAAUUUUAUGUUUCUGAAGCUUUGAAAAUUACUCAUGAAAUUGAAAUUGAAAAUUCUGUUGGGAAAGGAGCAAUUAAUGGAGGAAGUCCCAAGCAUGUGAAUGGAAAAGGCAAAUCCCCACAUUCUCUUCGAAAUAAAUCCCCAACUAAAACAAGUUUUCAUGGUGGACAUAAAAGUCCAGGCAAACAUGGCGAGAAAAGUCACACUGGCAAACAGAAAAUAAAAAUUGAUGCUCCAACAUUGAGCUUCAACCUUAUGUUAAACGAGAAAAUUGAAGCGAUUGAAGAAGUCUUGAAGGAGGCUUUGUUUGAUGCUAGUUACAAGGCUAAUAUUAGCAAAGUUCAUCAAUAUUUGCGCAAGACUAUGAGCAAGGAUAAUCAUAGCAAUCCAAAAAAUAUUUUCCUCGAGAAAAUAAAUGAAAUUUUUCAUAAAUCUGAUGGAGGAAAUGGAAAUGAUUUGAAAAGUAAAUUGUAAAAACAAACAAAAACCCCAUUUUUAUUAAUCGAGUCCGUCACUUUACCGAACAUUUUAUCCGGAUUUCUUUCGAGUCCGUGUUGUGUACAUAAUUGUUCUUUAUUACUAUUUUAGUCACACAUUUCGUAUAACUCAUUUAAAAUUCUUUCCCCGCCUAAUUAAACGCAAGCUGAUUUACCUUCUUCCAUGCUGUACAACCCAAAAUUUUU